AUCUUGAUCAGCAUCAAACCCAAGGUCAACGACAGCAGGCGGCGGACAUGGUCUUCUAUAUGCACCGAGCUCCAGCAACUGGCCUCGCUCGCCGAGUCAAUUACAAGACAGCGCCCCCGGUCGAACAAAGAGUGGGCCCACAUCGCCGACACCCUAGAUCGUGAAGGCAAGACAGGCGUAGAACUGUGGAACGCGUCUGCGCGCAUACGCGAAGCCAAUGAUGAUGAGAGCCUAGCCGUCUCCGCUGCAUUGAGGCUAGCUGGCUUCCGCCUUGUGGAGGCCGGGCUGCAGCAGAAGCCGGACGUUGAGAGUGCGCCGUUUCAUUCAUUGUGUGACGCACGGAGCCAUUAA